AUGGAACCACCAGUACCACCGCACCCAGUGCCGCAUCCAGGCCCAGUGCCUCCCUUCUACGACGCAGCCAAGACCUCCGUCCUGGACGCCAUCUGCAAAGGCGACUACGGCGCUCUUCUUCGCAGCUCGACACCUUCCCCGAAGCCCGACAGACCUCGCCAUCAGAAGAAGUCACUGCGCGAGAGGCAUGACGAGUAUGCCAAGCGCAUGGAUCUUUGGCGUUAG